AUGUUGGUGCCCCUGGGUCUGGUGAUGAACCACCAAAGCAACGGUGAAAACAGGAGCACAGAUGGGAACUCUCUGGAUUCAGACUUCUUUCAGCCCCCAGGCAAGAAGAUGAAGUUACAGGAAUCCAUUGAAUAUGAAGACUUGGGGGGAAAUAAUAACAUUAAAACCACUGCACUAAGCCUGAAGAAGUCAGAUAGGUAUUAUCAUGGCCCAACUCCAAUUCAGUCCAUCCAGUAUGCAACAAGUCAGGAUCUUAUCAAUUGCUUUCAGAGUAUUAAGCAAGAGAUGGAAAUUUACACACCCAAACCAACCCAGGUUCUUUCAAGUGGUGCUGCAAGUAGAACCCUCACAGCUUUAUGCCCUGGAGGAGCACUUAUGCAGGGAGGACCACUGCAAGCCAUAAACCACAUGGUGCCAAAUGACAUUCAGUUAGAACUCAAACACUUGAAUGUGGCAGUAGGGGAGCUGCUGAGGCAUUUCUGGUCUUGUUUUCCAGUUCACACACCAUCCCAAGAAGAAAAGAGAUGGUCUUUAAGCACAAAUUUGGUAAGUCACAUAGAAGAGAUGCUGCAGACAGCCUUUGAUAAAUUUCACAUAUGGCAGUCUUGGCAAUUCAGUUCCAGAAUUCAGGUUCAGUUCCAGAAGCCAGCCCCAGCUGCUGCAGACACUGUGCCCUCAAGGAAAUGCUCAAUGCCAAUCAAUGUUGCCAAUGCCACCAAGAAGAGCAAUAGUGGGAUUUCUCAGCAGCCUUUCAGACACAGGGUCAUUCAUUUAGUGGCACUUAAGCCUCAUAAGAAACCUGAGCUGAUCCUGAGGUUGCAAAAGGAUGGCCUUUUGCAGCAGGACAAGGACAUGCUGGACAGCCUCUUACAGCAGGUUGCCAACUUGAGUGCCAAGGACAGCACAUACGUGUUAAAAGACUGCAUGUACAAGGAUAUUCAGGACUGGUGUGGAUACUCAGAAGGAGAUCAGCAGUUACUAAAAAAAAUUCUUGUUAGAAAAGUCUGUCAGCCACAGAAUUCGGAUAGUGUUCCAGGAGACACACCUUCCUCAAGUUCCCCACUGAAAGAUUCUUUGUAUUCCUCAUCACCCCCUCAGAAAUCAUCUCAGCCACUGGAUUUCAUUGACCCAGUAGCAAAUAAGAAGUGGAGGAUAUCUUGUACUCAAAGAACACAGCCCACUUUCAAGGGGAAACUGAACUCUUCUAAUGGGAAAGAAGUCCCUUCUGCUCCCAGCCCAGCUUCUGUGGCCAAUUCAGUCAGCUCUAGCUCCCAUCUCCCCAACCUAGAGCUCCCCUGGCCUCACAACCCCCUCACUGAUGACAGCAAUGACAUAUUUCACAAUGGCAGAGACUGUGAGAAUGCUGAGGCCUCUGAGAACCUCAGUCUCCCUUCCCAGACAGCAAAAAAAAAAAAAAAAAACAGUUGUGCCUCAUGGCAUAUGAAAACCAAGAAGAAAUCCAAAAAGCACAAAGAAAAGGAGAGGUGAAGUGAGGAGAAAAAUAGAGAAGAGAAGCAGGAUUGUGAACUCAUGAAGAACUCUGAAACUAAGAUGAGUGUGGCUCUGCAGGAAAGCACAGGUUUAAGUGGAAUAUGCAAUAAUUCUAGUGUUCCAACAUCAACUUCAGAAAUGCUGGAUUAUGUCUUAAAAUAUGCCACCAUUUCCUCCUCAGAAUAACGUCAAAGUUAUAAGAAUGAUUUUAACGCUGAAUACAAUGAGUACCGAGAUCUGCAUGCACGAAUAGAGAGAAUAACUCGAUGGUUUACACAGCUGGAUGCUGAGCUCAAACAGCUUUCCCAAGGUUCAGAGGAGUAUGAGACUACCCAUGGUCAGAUUUUACAAGAACAUUGGAAAAUCAAAAACAAUACUAACUACGGCCAAGAAAAGUACCAUUUUGAAUAUCUACACAACAAACUGGCUCACAUCAAGAAACUGAUAGAGUAUGACCAGCGGUAA